AUGGUGAAGGAAAAGUUGAAUUCGACUAGAAUAUACGACGAGAAUGGUUAUCGUUUGAGAGCGGCAUGCAUUUGCGUGAAGGAUGAGACGGAGCAAGAAAUAUUGUUGAUAUCGACCAAGCGGAACAGUGAUCGUUGGAUAGUUCCAGGUGGGGGCAUGGAACCUCUAGAAGAUGCAUCUAUUGCUGCAGCUAGGGAGGCCUACGAAGAAGCCGGCGUGAAAGGGAUGGUCAGUCGAUGUCUGGGAGUUUUCGAGAAUUCUCAUAGCAAGACUAAAACAUCUGUGUAUCUGCUCGUUGUUGAUCAACUUUGCGAUGAGUGGGAUGAGAAAAGUCUUGGUCGCAAGAGGCAGUGGUUUUCAGUCCCAGACGCCCGUCUCCAAUUGGGAAUGUACCGACCAGAACAUGGCGUCUACCUCGAAAUGUUGGAUAGCCACGGCAGCAAACAGAACAUCCCUACUUCUCCUGAUGUCACGCACGUUUCUGUUAAGCGCUUUUGCUUGCCUCCUAUCGCUGUGCCUGUCGUCAGUGGUGGUGUCAGUCCCCAGAAGAAUGGGAUUGGGGCCAAUCCAGUGAAGGUGUAA